AUGGAUCCCAAGUUCAACGGAGAGUGGAGUGCUUCUGAGAUCAAGAUGGUGAAAUCUCUCAUUGCAAGGGACAACACCAACAACAAUUAUGCUAGUGAUAUGAGCAAGAAGCACAAUCAAAUUAUGGAUGAGCUCCAGGCAAUGUUCCCUAGCAAGGAGAAGCAUCAGAGUGGCAACCAACUUGUGGAAGCAAGUAGCAACCUCAUGAAUCAACCCUUUGGGGUGUUUGUGGGGGAUCCGUCCAUGGGCAACAUGGAAGCAUUUGAUGGUUAUCAAGAAGUGGAGAUGUUCGGCAUGAGGAGUGUGAAGAAGACUCCAUGGAGGAAGCCAACUCCUCGGAAGGAGAUCCAACACACUGGGAGGUUUUGGACCACAGACGAGCAUAGGAAAGAAAAUGGCACCAAGAAGAAGCGUUAUAGCAUCAAUGACAUUAGACUUUAUGAUUUUGAGCCCUUGUUGCAGACAAAUGCUUCUGCCUGGAAGGGGCCCACAUUUGAUGGAGGUGUCUACAACACAAAUCAGUACAACUUUGGUGGACAUCCUACUUCCAUGAACAAUGCCCCGGCUUGGUCACCAUUCCUGUACCACACUGGCCAUGGAAGUAGCAGCAAUAGCCAGAUGGACACCUUGGCUAUUGGCCAGCAACAGGAGCAGAUGGGAGCUAGUAGUUCUUUAGUGGCUCCGACCAUGGAGGCGAAUGGGGUCCACUUCGACUAG